AUGAGUUCGAUAUCGAAUUGUACAUUAACAUCUGAACAGUAUCAGGGAUUAAUUCAUUUCUAUAGACGUCAUAUGAAUACUCAAAAUUUUCUAUUAUUUAACGCAAAAGUAUGUCAUUAUUUAAUUGAAUCAAAUUGUCAUGAAAUUCAAUUACCAACAGCGACAAAUAUUAUAACAAAUAAUACAUCAUCAUUUAAUUCAUCAUCUUAUUCAAAUUAUCAUGAAAGUUUUUUAAUUCGUUAUAUUCAAACAUUGACUCGUGAUGAAUGUGAAUUAUACACAAAACAAUUUCGUCGUAAAUUAACAUUAUUUCUUCUAGGUUUAAUAUUAUCAAUAUUAGUUAUUAUAUUAAAUUCUAUUGUAACAAUAACAAUAUUUUAUUCUCAAAAAUUACGUUCAUUUAUUACAAACAUAUUUUUAUUAAAUUUAUCUAUUGCUGAUACUCUUAGUGGAUGUUCAUUUUUAUAUCCAAAUAUUAUGAAUAUAUUAGUUGAAUAUUCAAUUGUAAAAUAUAAUUCUCAAUUAUUUUUAAAAUUAAAUAUUAUACGUAAUAAUUAUUUUAUAUGUUUAAUUGCCUAUGCGUUUAUUAUGUCCGGUAUGUUAAUGUCUAUAAGUAUUUUAUUAUCGAUAUCAAUUGAUAAAUAUAUUUAUAUAUUUAAACCCUAUAAAUAUCCAAAAAUUGUUACGAAAAAACGUUGUCUCAUAUGGAUUUUAUCAUUAUGGUUAAUGGCCAUUGUUAUUGGUACAUUACCACUAUUUGGAUGGAAUAAAAUGAAACGUUGUAAAUCAGCUCAAUCAUGUUCAAAUUCAAAUAAUGUAUGUUUAAUUGAUCGUGUAUUUACAACUGAUUAUUGUUCAUUAUUUGCUACAUGUAGUCUUGUAGCAGCUAUUGUUAUACUUUAUAUUUACGUGAGAAUAUUUUUUAUAGCCAGAGAUCAUGUACUAAGAAUUGAACAAAUAAGAGAUUCUAUAAAUUAUGAAAAAUUUAAAUUAGUUUCUACUGAUAUUGAACAUAAUAAUAAUGAGAGAAUGAAACGAUUUGAUUCAACAACAACUACAACAACAACAUCAUCCUCAAAUGUUAGUAGAAAUUCAUCAAAUAAUUCAAAUAAAAUUUGUUGUACACCUGCUGCUAUGUCAAAAAUAAAUAAAGAACAAAUUACCACACGUAAUCGUAUACAUUUACGUUCACCAAAACAAUCAAUAACAGCUAUAAAUAAUGAAAAAUCAAAAAGAAAAUGGUUUCAAUUUUCAUUUGAUCCAUUUAAUCGUUCAAAUUCUAAUCGUCAAUUAUCUCAUGUAAAACGUGUUGGUCUAUUAGUGAAUGUUCGUCGAUGUCUUCGUGCAUUACGUACACUACUUGUAUUAUUAGUUGGCUUUUAUUGUUGUUGGCUUCCGUUACUUAUUUAUUUACUCUCUCAUACAACAAUGGGUUUUUCAAAUAAUUUUGCUAUUCAUGUUUUAAUUUUAAUAGCAAAUGUCAAUUCACUUGUUAAUCCAUUUAUCUAUGCUUAUCGUUCAAAACAAUUUCGUAUUGCAUUUUGGAAUGGUACAUUUGGAAAAUGUUUAAAACAAUCAAUACCAUCAUCAAAAAGAUCAACACAAAAAAAUUAUAAUUAA